CCGUCAUCAGCGGGUGCGGCUAGUGUUGUUAUAUGAUACAUAAGAAUACUGUCAAAGGUGGUCGAUCACAUUGGGCAUAUGUGGCUGAUGGUGGAUGGCAAAAGUACGGAUCUUUGUGUUUCGCAUUAGUGUUGACGGUGUCAUUUAGACAGUUGACUGAGCUACGUUACAGUGGUUAGUGGCAGAGGUGCAGCUGUGCAGUUUACCGAAUCGACAUUAAAGUUACUGACCCACGAGGGAGUGACCGGAACGGGAAUUUCCUGUGGAAGAUGUCGACCAUGGUGUGUCCUCCUGAAGAGAAACUGGCGAGGCUGUCUCAGGAAGAGAUCAUCUCUUCUACCAAACUGGUGAUCCAAGGUUUGGAAGCCCUGAAGAGCGAGCACAACUCCAUCUUACACAGCCUGCGGGAGACCAUGCAGUGUCUGAAAAAAGAUGAAGAGGGUACUCUGGUCCAUGAGAAGACCAGUCUGCUGGACAAGUCUGUGGAGAUGAUUGAAUUGGGUUUGGGUGAGGCACAGGUGAUGAUGGCUCUGUCGAGUCACUUGAACGCAGUGGAAUCGGAAAAGCAAAAACUGCGAGCUCAGGUGCGCAGGCUAUGCCAGGAGAACCAGUGGCUUCGAGACGAGCUGGCCGGCACGCAGCAAAAACUGCAAAAGAGCGAGCAGAAUGUAGCUCAACUGGAGGAGGAGAAGAAACACUUGGAGUUCAUGAACCAGAUCAAGAAGUAUGAUGAGGAUGUCUCACCCACGGAAGAGAAAACUGGGGAAGCCCCUAAAGACUCUCUGGACGACCUUUUCCCUAAUGAUGAAGAUGAACAUGGACAAGGAAUCCAACCACACAACAACAGUGCUGCAGUUGCUGCUGCCCAGCAGGGCGGCUACGAGAUCCCUGCCCGCCUCAGGACCCUCCAUAACCUGGUGAUCCAGUAUGCCUCCCAGGGUCGCUAUGAGGUAGCUGUGCCCCUGUGCAAACAAGCCCUGGAGGACCUGGAGAAGACCUCCGGCCACGACCAUCCGGACGUAGCCACUAUGCUCAACAUCCUUGCUCUUGUUUAUAGGGACCAGAAUAAAUACAAAGAAGCUGCUCACUUACUCAAUGAUGCCUUGUCUAUCCGGGAGAAAACUCUGGGCAGAGACCACCCAGCGGUGGCGGCAACGCUGAACAACCUGGCAGUGCUGUAUGGAAAAAGGGGAAAGUACAAGGAGGCGGAGCCACUGUGCAAAAGGGCUCUGGAGAUCAGAGAAAAGGUUUUAGGGCAGGAACACCCCGACGUAGCUAAGCAGUUGAAUAAUCUGGCUCUGCUGUGCCAGAACCAGAGUAAAUAUGAGGAGGUGGAGUUUUACUACUGCCGCGCCCUGGAAAUCUAUGAAAAACGACUCGGACCAGAUGACCCCAAUGUGGCCAAGACCAAGAACAACCUGGCAUCAUGUUACCUGAAGCAGGGCAAGUACAAGGAGGCAGAGAUUCUAUACAAAGAGAUUCUCACCCGAGCCCACGAGAAGGAGUUUGGGUCUGUAGAUGCUGAGAACAAACCCAUCUGGAUGCAUGCUGAGGAAAGGGAAGAGUGCAAAGGAAGAUAUGGAGAGAGCCCUCAUUACGGAGAAUACGGAGGCUGGUACAAAGCCUGCAAGGUGAACAGCCCCACGGUAAACACCACCCUACGCAACCUCGGAGCUCUCUACCGCCGGCAAGGGAAGACGGAGGCUGCAAAUACCCUUGAAGAGUGUGCUAUGAGGUCCCGUAAACAGGGAGCUGAGGUCCGUGGUCUGGAGGUGCAGAAGGAUACAGACAAAAGGAGGAGCAGGGAGAGUUUGUCCAGUGUGAAGUAUGAGUGUGGCUCAGAGGCUGGAGAAGAUGGCAGUGUAGAGUGGAAUGGGGAUGGCUCUCUAAGGAGAAGCACUUCUCUAGUGAGGCUGAGGGAUGUGCUACGCAAGAGCAGUGAGAUGCUAGUGAGAAAGCUCCAAAGCACAGUGCCCACAGAACCUCGCAACCCAAACAUGAAGAGAGCUGCUUCACUGAAUUAUUUAAAUAGUGACAAAAAUGAUGAAGACUCUUUUGAGGGUACAGGAAUGGGCACGAGGCUGAAACAGAGCAGACCGCUGAGCUCCAGCACCGUGGAACUGUACAGUGGACGCUGACAGAUCACAUGUCACCUUCUGUUUCGCCUUCUGUAACAUCCUCUCAUACGAGAGCAUUUUUAUUGGUGCCAUGGGGCCAUGUUGAGGUUUUAAAGGUCUUUUAUCGCUGAAAAAUCAGAUUUUUGUAAUUUAAUGUGUGUGUGUGUUUGUGUGUUCCUGCGUGCGUGCUUGCAUG